CAAAACAACGUGAUGAAUUUGAGGUUAUUUUCCAAGUUUUCAAUGCAAUGUUUUGUUUUUAAGAAAAUCAAUUUUAUCAAUAAACACAAAUCUUCAAUUACCGGUUUAGUCAAGUUAUCUUUCAGUGUCUUAUGACGGGGUCAGAUGUCGUAAUGUUGAUAAAUGAUGAGUCGUUCGCGGUACAUAAUAUGUGUUUCGAUUGUUCUGCGUAUUCGCGACGCGGUAUUCAAUUAGGAUAGGAGUGUUGUUGGGUUUUUACUGCGUAGCUUUGAUUUUAGUAGCCUCGAGAUUGUUGCUGAUGAUUAGCAUCAGCUCACGUUUUAGUUCAGUAGUGAAUAAAUUAAUAAGGAUGAGCUCCAACCAAUCUUACGAAGCUGCCGUAUGCAAGCUGAAUUUGCUGCAGUCAAACAAAUCAGUUAUAGACCAGAUAAGGAUGAAUAUAGGACAAGAAAAAUGCAGAAAUAUAGAGGAUAUGCAAAAUUAUUUAGAACGGACCGGAGUGCCCCUGUCUAGACUUGAUCAACUCUCUGUUAUACAUGUUGCUGGGACUAAAGGCAAGGGUUCGACCAGCGCAAUGUGCGAAUCAAUCCUCCGCCACCACGGCUACCGGACCGGCUUCUACUCUUCGCCGCACCUAGUGGCGGUCCGGGAGCGGAUCCGGCUGGACGGGAAGGUGAUCGGCGAAGACAAGUUCGCCGGCUACUUCCACAGGGUCUAUGAUAUGCUGGAAGCUAGCAAGGUGCACGACGGCGACAUGCCGGGCUACUUCGCCUUCCUGACGGUCCUGGCUUUCAACACGUUCCUCGCUGAGAAGGUGGAUGUGGCCAUAAUUGAAGUGGGCAUCGGAGGCAUUGUUGAUUACACCAAUGUAUUGAGGAAAGUGCCCGUAGUGGGCAUAACGGCGUUAGGUCUGGACCACACCGCCAUCUUGGGAGACACGCUGCCUCGGAUCGCGGCCGCCAAGGCGGGCGUCAUGAAGCGAGGCUGCCUCGCCUACACAGUGACUCAGCCGCACGACGCCAUGGCGGUAUUAAAUACCGUCGCUGAUCGACUUCAGUGCCCCCUCACUAUUGCGCCAAAAUACGACAGCUACAAAUUCCCCAACGGCUGCAAUAUUUUGCAAUGCAAUGUAGAUGCUUACAAGACGAACGAGUCACUCGCCAUACAGCUUGCACACGCUUGGAUGAGAAAAAACAAUGCCUCAAACGGAGUAUUAAAAAAUAAAAAUGGUUUUAAAAAAGGAACUGCGCGCGAAAAUGCAUCUGUCAAAGUAAAUAUAAAUGGCAAUCGUAAUGAAAAUGAGGUUAUGUUACAAAAAGAAAACAGUAUUUUGAAUGGAAAUGAGGUUUUGCUACAAGAUACGCUAAAUGUGCCUUUCGAGACGUGGGCAGGGUUAAAAGAGUGUCGUUGGCCAGGGAGGUACCAUAUAGUUGAGGCUUCUUAUGCGAGGUUUUACUUGGACGGCGCUCAUACGAAGGAGUCUACGGAUAUAUGCGCGGAGUGGUUUCAACAGAAUUCUACGACUAACAACAAAAUACUGAUAUUCGGCGCAACGGGCAACCGUAAUGCCGACGUUCUUAUGAGGCCGCUCACUCGUUUACCAUUCAAACGCGUUCACUUCGUCGUCCCAGCCGCUUACAAAGCCGUCAACGUCAACAAAGACGACUACUCCCUUGUCGAACACAAAGAAAUGGUUUCGAGAUGUCAAAUUCACGAGGAAAUGUGGAGUAAGAUGAACAAAUGUCAAACGGCUGUGUCCGAAUGCGUGGCAGACGCCUUGGUCAGUAUAAAGAAAGGUGGAAUUCAAAAGCCGGACGUUUUGGUGACCGGCUCGUUGCAUUUGGUAGGCGCCGCGCUCAGCAUACUGGACCCUAAUUUGAGCACGUAUAGUUGAAAUGUUUUUAUACUAACGUAGCCUGAUUACGAUAGACUUUUACCUUACUUAGGACAUUUUGAUUGAAUGCCGUUAUGAACAGAUACCUACCAUCGACCCUGAAGUGAUGGCGAAUUUAUUCAUAUAGUGGGGAAUGAAGGGAAGAUUUAACUACACAGUGGUUGUGAUUUUGUGAUCCGCCAAUCAGGGGAGAAUUCGAUUUUCAGUUAUUAUAUUAUUUAUAUUAUAUUAUAGUGCUGGUUCAUAUGAAUUUGGGGAGUUAGGUAUAUCUGCCACCGACUGUAGGUAGGUACUUUGUUUAUACAGUUAUGCGCGGUUCCCGCUUUAAACCUACUUAACCUCUUUAAACUUACUUAAAUAAUGUUUAUGUUAAAAAUCAAAGUUUAAGAUUCAAAGUUUUGUUUAAGACGAUUGUGAGAUUUUAUUAACCUAUUAUAAUUGUGGAUAUUUCAAGUGCUCUUAUAAUGUUAUUGUGCAAUAAUUUUAAGAAGUAACACUUAAAAAUAAGCGGGUAAUCCAUCUUAGAAAUAGGCGACAAUUUUUUUCGCUGUGAUAUAAUAAUGCCUGUGUACUAUCUUGUGACUGUGAUUACAGUGUGAGGCGGAUUAUAAAUAUUGUUGUCUAAUUGACGAUUCCAAUUUGUAAAUAAAGAAAAUUAUUAACUUCCUCACAUAAUGUAUCUACCAAGAACUGUUCCUAUCCUGAAUUAUUGUUAUCAUGGUAAAAUCUAAUAAAUUGUAAGAAUUAAAUA